AUGUGGUGGGCGUUGGUGUUAUUGAGUACUGCGGCAUUGCUUUAUUUCCUGUUUGCUACAACGACCAAAGUGUUGAUGAUGUUGCAGAUGAAGUUGGGGUUGUUCAACGUGAAAAAGGCCCUACAGACUCGGGAGCCCAACUUGGUGGUGGGAGCUGGUUAUGGUUGUGUCUUGGUACUAGAGGACCCAUUGCUCCGCCAACUUCCUUCCGUGAUGAUUUCGCCCAACGUCAUCGACUACGCGACCAAAUUGCCUCAGGCCGAGGCGAAGCAACUUAACUUAGAAGAUUCGCCCUUCGUUUACGUCACCUAUGACACCUCACAAUCACCCACAACCAUUAAGGAAUCCGUACUCCUCGCAGACACUGCCGAACCCGGCCUCAGCGCCACCGACUGGCUCUGCGUACGCUUUGCAGACGAAAGAAAACUAACCACCAUCCUCGAAUACUCAUUCAGCAAAGGCUGGACCAACAUUGCUGAAAGAGAAGGCUGCAGACUAGAACUAGACCCCAAUGACAAUCUCGUACGGGUACUAGUAGACGAUGACCUCUGCUCCAAACUCUUCUUCAAGGCCGUACCCAGCGGAGCAACCAGCACUCCUUGGCUCACACAAAACGAACUCCAACUUAUACUAACUCUUCACGACAGCGCGAUCUGA